AUGAAACUGUUAGAAACUGAAAUAAACAAACAGGAAAGAUCAGUUGAUUUAAUUGAUGAACUUUUAGCGAAACGUUUAGAUAAAGAAGCUAAUUUAAAGUAUCUUAACGAGGAAAUUCUAAAACUGUGCAAAACGGAAGAAAUAAAAAAGGAAAUUGAAAAACAGCAAGAAUAUAAAGAUAAUAUUACUUGGAAAGUUCGCGCGAAUAGAAUCCUUAAAACGAAAGAAAGCGAAGUUGUUCGCGAAACUGAAAGAACGAAUGUUGUAGAAACCAGAAGUGAGCAGCAGAAUACGGUAAAACUUCCUCGCUUGCAGAUACCUCAAUACGAUGGCAAUAUAUUAAGGUUUCACGAAUUUUAUUAUCAGUUUGAAGUAGCUAUCCAUAAAAAUGUGAAUCUUAGUAAUGUAGAGAAGUUUAGUUAUUUAAAAUCGUACUUAACAGACGAAGCUGAGGUAGCUCUACGUGGUUUAGCAUUAAGCUCUGAAAACUAUGAAAUUGUCUUGAACAUAUUAAAAGAACGCUUUGGUCGAAAAGAUAUUAUUAUCGAUGCGCAUACGGCAAGACUUUUAAACUUAAGUCCAGUACGAAAAUCAUAUGACAUUAUAGCGUUGCGUAGACUUUACUCAGAAUGCGAAACACAUAUUCGAGGAUUAGAAAAUAACGGAAUUAAUCCUAAUAGUUACAGUUGUCUAUUGGUAUAUAUGUGGACAGAUUCCUUAAUCGCUCUUCAUUGGAUUAAAGGGAAAGCUUCAAAAUGGAAACCUUUUGUAUCGAACCGUGUAUCCGAAAUCCAGUCUAGAACUGAUCCUGCUGAUUGGAAUCACUGUAGUGGGCAGGAUAAUCCUGCAGAUUUCAUAUCUCGAGGAGCUACCGUGGAAAAGUUUAUGUCCAGUUCGAUUUGGAUGCAAGGUCCAGAAUGGCUUCGGUUGAAGAAAAGGGAUUGGCCAAAAGGCUCUAAUUAUGAAAUUUGUCUAGAGAUUUCUCCAGAAGUAUAUUGCGAAAAAAGAAUUGGAUACUACGAUUUAUAUACAACCUUAAAUUUAAAACUAAACGAUGUGUGUGAACUAAGCACUGAAGAACUUAACGAGGCUGAAAUUAUCUGGACAAAAACUGUUCAAAGUGAAGCUUUUGCGGAAGAGCUGUCCUCUUUGAGACAGGGUAAAACAAUUUCUAAGACUUCCUCUAUUCUAGAACUGAAUCCCUUUCUUAAUAAUGACGGGAUAAUGCAUGUUGGUGGAAGACUUCAGAAGUCAAGACUUUCUUACCUUCAAAGACACCCAAUUAUUAUGCCCUCAAAACAUCACUUUGUGAAUUUAUUAGUGUGGGAUGCACACAGCAAAGUGUUUCACGGUGGAAUUUCUGAAACUUUGAUAGAAAUACGCGAAAGAUACUGGAUAAUUAAAGGAAGACAAACUGUUAAAAAUAUCUUAAGAAAAUGUAUUCUGUGUAAACGAUUUAAUUCUUCUCCUGGUGUGCAAGUUACUGCUCCUUUACCAGUAAAUAGAACAGAAGAAUUACCUCCUUUUUCUGUAGUAGGUAUAGAUUUCGGUGGACCACUUUAUACCAAAGACAGUGAUGAGAAAAACUACAUCGUGUUGUUUACUUGUGGAGUAACGCGAGCUCUUCAUUUAGAGUUUGUUGGUAGCAUGACCACAGAAACAUUUCUUCUUGCUUUUCGACGAUUCAUUGCUCGUCGAGGUCUAUGUUCUCAGGUUUUGACGGACAAUGCCAAAACUUUCAAACGAUCGGAACUUGAACUUAAAAAUAUGUGGACUGCCAUUAGUCAUCCAACAGUAAAAGACUUUUACGCCUCCCACAAAAUCCAAUGGUGCUACAUCGCUGAGAAAGCUGCGUGGUGGGGUGGCUUCUAUGAAAGACUAAUUAAAUCUGUAAAACUUGCUUUACGAAAAACUCUCAGAAAAACUACUUUAUCUCGAUACGAAUUAGAAACUCUAAUUAAUUAUUGA